CAAGGCGCCAAUAAGCAAACGCUCAUCAUUCAAAAUCACAGGUUCAAUAACGACGCGGCUGUCGCUAGCGCUUCCUGUAUACUACAAUGGACCUCAUAGGCGGACCUUUCUCUGUCAUUGAAUCUGACCCCGGAGUAUUCACAUCCUUAACGCGGAAACUAGGUGUCAAAAAUUUGUCGGUGGUUGAGGUGUUUGACAUCGAGCCGUGGGCAACUGACCACCUGCAACCUCACGGCCUCGUAUUCUGUUUCCACUGGCGAAAAGAUGUCCAUCGACCAGCGGAAUUUGAGAAUCCAGAGCAAGUCUGGUUCGCGAAUCAGUUAUCUGACGAUGCCUGUGCUUCACAUGCAAUCCUCAACGUCCUCCUUAACUGUCCAACCGUAGACCUUGGUCUUACUCUACAACAAUUCAGAGACGAAACGAAAGAGAUGUCGCCUGUAAUGAAAGGCCUAGCGGUCACGAAUUCCACACAUAUUCGUAAUGCCCACAAUUCUCUAGCUCGUCAGGCUGAUCUUCGCGGCUCUCUUAAUGCUAUCGCAACUACUACAUUGGAUAUACAGAAGGCGAAGGCGAAGGAGCUGCAAUCUAAGAAAAAACAAACCGCCACACCUAGUAAAUCCAAACCUUCCAAAUCAAAAUCCAAAACUGUCGACUCUUCAGAAACCACCGAAGAAGAAGUGUAUCAUUUCAUUGGUUACGUUCCUGCUUUUGGUAAAGUUUGGGAAUUGGAUGGACUCAAGCCUGGGCCUCUGGAAGUUGGUGAGCUCGCAUCGGAGGGCAAUACCACAGAUUGGAUGGACGUCGCGCGACCAGCAAUUCGAAUGAAAAUGGCGAAAUACGGUGGGGGUGCUGACGCAGGGAAUAUCCGUUUUAGUCUUCUUGCAUUUGUGGAUGGGAGCUACGAGAAGGCAAACGACGAAUGGGAGUAUUGGAGACGGGAAAGACGUAGCAUAGAAAGAAGGCUAGAUGAGACAGACUCUGGCUGGAAAUCUAAGGUUGAUCAAGAGCUGCUUAAAAUAUCGGAGCAUGCAUUCACAUUGCCUGAUGCUCCAGGACGCAUGUUCUUGCAAGCAGGCUCGCGACGUUUACUUCGAGACGCAGAUAUCCUGUCAUCGCCUCCGGAUAUGCUUCUUGAACAGUGGGAGAAUGCAGUCCAACAGGCGGCUAGACUGAAAACGAAUGUCGAAGAUGAGAUUCAGAAAGCGGCUACCGAUUGGUCAGACUUUAUCAAACGAACACACGAUUACGAACCGUUUUGCGUAGAAUAUAUCAGAUGCCUGCAUCGAGAUGGUUUCCUAGAAGCCCUUCUCGACAUUGCCAAGAAUAUAACUCCUCCGCAGACAGUUGUGAAGGCAAAGAAACCCAAAACGUCACUUCCAGACGAGAAUUUUGAUCAAGAGGGUUUGGAAGUUCAAGAUAUGGCGGACCAUAACAAUAACAACGAUGACGACGACGCUUGGAAACCAACUCCAUCACGUCAACAAAUUUGAUUCUCAUCUGCAAAACCUGUUUUUUCGGCUAAUUCUCCGAAAGCAGCUGAGAGCACUUCCCAGCAGCCAAAGCACCCAGAGCAAGGUUGAAAU